AUGACUGGAGGGGACUUCAGCGAAUCUGAAUGGAAAGAAGAAGCUGUGAAACAGCAGAAGUUCUUCUACCACAGCUAUGGCAACCAGUGGUUCCAGGCAUAUAACCCUCAAAACGAUA